AAAUAAGUGAAGUGUAUCUCGUGUGUGGCCUUCGAUUUUAUUUUUGGUGUAGAAAAUUUGCAAAAUCUAAUGUGCAAAAAAUAGUAAUAAUAAAAAGCAAACAAAAAAUUGAUAUCCAAAAAAAAAAACAAAUAUGGAACAACACGGCCAACUGGACGAACGUGAACUUUAUGUGCAAUGCAUUACUAAACAACUCGAGGAGGUGGACUUGCUCUCAUCAAUCUACUGUACACCCGGCGAAAUGCAGAUUAUCGAUGCGAGCGUCAUCAGCGACUUUAAUGAUUUCCUCAAUACGCCUACAGCCAUGCCCUCGAGCACACUCAAAGCCCAUUUGGACUACACAAUCGCUGUGGAUGUGUUGCAUGGCAAGUCUAAAGAGAAAGUGGAGAUACGCAUUGAAUUACCCAAUCUCUAUCCACUGUUAGAGAAUGCGAUUGUUACGAUCCUCAGUGCCUUGUUAGGCAAAGCCAAAGAGGUGUAUUUGAAGCGUGAAAUAGAAAAGUUUAUCGAGACAAUGGAUAAAUCGGAAUGUUAUAUAUUUCAAGUGGUCUCUUGGCUGCAGGAUAAAUUGAAUUCCGUGAUUAUGCGUGAUGCCAGUGAAUUUGGGCCGAAACAGGAGUUGAUGACGGAAGAGAAUGAAAAUGCGGUGGAAUGUGAACGUUUGUGGAUCUAUUCGCAUCACAUUAAAUCGAAGAAGAAACGUCAAGAAAUACAAAAGGAGGCACAUAAUUUAGAUUUGACCGGUUUCUCACGCCCUGGCAAGCCGGGCGUCAUCUGCGUGGAGGGUACACGUGAGCAAACACAAGAAUUUUGGCGUAUACUCAAAUCAAUGCGCUGGCAGCAUAUAACAAUUUGUAAGAGCGAAGUGUGGUUGGGAAAAUUACAACAACGACGUCGUUUUGAGGGCUUCAAAGAGCAAAUCUUCUGCGAUGAUCUCGAUAAUGAGGAAGGUUUUAUGAAUAUGGGACUAUUCAUGAAAUACUUGGAAGCGCACAAAUCGGGUUACAUAAAGAAAGAACUCUUUGGAUUGGCGUAGAGUGAGGGGAGGGAGGAGUAUUGCUUGGAAGUAGAAAUUAAGUAGAAACGACAAAGCAAAGCAAAGUAAAAAUUUAAAGGUUCAUUAAGUUUGGCACUGUAUACUUAAAAAUUCAACUUUUUUAUUAAAUAUACAUAUAUAUGUACAUAUUAAUAUAUUUUACAAUACAGUCAGUACAGUACAUCAUGUUCAAAGUUUUCUUUAAUAAGAAUAAAAUUGAAAUAAAC